CGUCCCGUCCCGAGGCAGCUCCGGCGGGCAGAGGGGCCGGCCGUGCCCUCCCAGCAGGUUUGAUAGCUGCACUGGAUCACUGACUGAGGUCCCCUCUAAAUUAUAACACUGAAAACAAUGGCAACAGAAUGUAUAAAAACCUGCUGUAAAUUGUGUUUCUGCAUGGACAAGGAAAAAAACGAUCUUUCCAUGGUGCAGGAAUCUGAAGCAGUAGCUGCAAGCAAGCCAACUAUUGUGGAGCAGCCUCCAUUGUCUUCUGUGUCAGUAAAGCGUCAAGUUGGCUGUUCUGAGGAUUAUUUGCUUUCCAAACUGCCCCUGGAUGGUCAGGAGGUACCAUUUGUGGUCCCUCCAUUCAAACUGGCUUAUGUACAGCCAAAGAACCUUCCUGGAACCUCACAUGCUGGAGGGAUUAAAGAGUCAGCCAGAGCCUCGUUUGGUGGCCGGAAGGCAGAACUGCACAGUGUGUACCAGUGGCCCUGCUAUGAUGUGUACAACCCCUUCUAUCUGGAGCAUCGCGUUUCGCCAGAUCUCAUCAGGCGCUUCCAAGCAAAAUCAGAUAGCAGGAAAUUAUAUGGAUCAGUUAGUGAUUUAAGACCCAGUGCUUUGCCUGGACCCCCUGAUGUAAGUCGCUCGAUGUUCGAUCUCAGGAGCCCACCCCACCGAUUCAUGAAGAGAUAUGAUUCAGUUUCCAGUGUACCUAGCAGUACCUCUUCCAGGAAGGAUUCACAAGGCAGUAACAGGAGUCUGGAUACUAUUACAUUAUCAGGUGAUGAGCGAGACUUUGGAAGACUGAAUGUGAAGUUGUGUUAUGUUUCUUCUGUAGAACAGAUUUGGAUCACAGUUCUACAUUGCAAAGACCUGAGCUGGCCUUCCAGCUGUGGGGAAAAUCCUCGUAUCUGUGUUAAGGGAAUUCUCACACUGCCCAAGCCAGUGCAUUUCAAAUCUUCUGCCAAGGAGGGCUGCAAUGACAUUGAAUUUAUGGAAACUUUUGUUUUUGCUAUUAAACUGCAAAGCCUGCAGGCUGUCAAAUUGGUAUUUAAAAUCCAGACACAGACUCCCAGGAAAAAAACUAUUGGAGAAUGUUCUUUGGCACUGCGGGAGCUGAGCUCACAGGAGUCAAAUCAUUGGCUGGAUAUAUCUCCUCCUUCCAAAGCACCUGUGUGCCGUGCAGAACUUCAAAUAGGAACUUGUUUUCAAGCAAUAAACAGGAGGAUACAGUUACAGAUUCUUGAAGCACAAAACCUUCCUGUUUCAUCUACACCACUGUCUUCACAUUUCUUUGUGAAAGUUGGAAUGUUCAGUACAGAAGGGAUCAUCUAUAAAAAGAAGACUCAUCUUCUGAAGUCCACUAAUGGCCAAGUGAAGUGGGGAGAAAUGAUGGUUUUUCCAGUUAGCCAAGCAGAACAAGGAAUUAGCUUCCUCAUCAAGCUCUACAGCAAAAGCUCAGUGAGAAGAAAACACUUCCUAGGACAGAUCUGGUUAAGUUCUGACAGCAGCCACAGUGAAGCAGUAGAGCAGUGGAAAGAAACCAUUGCAAACCCUGAAAAAGUUGUUGUUAAAUGGUACAGCAUUGGUCCAUCUUGAAGACUGGAGAUGAAAUUCAGAAAUAAUUUUUCUACAGAAAUUAUUAUGCUGUCUAAAAUAGUAUGACUUUGAAGAAAGAUAUUGUCUAUGCAAGUUCUACAGAAGUUCUCCAUU